GUGCGGUUUAACUGACCACUAGAAGUACAGACAGUGUUCAGAUACACGCGUGGGCAAGGGAAGAGAGAAAACGAAGGUGGAGAGUCACACGUCAAUGUGUUAGUGGCUAAAAUGAGGUCAGGUGGACACUGAAAUGUUGAUUCUAUGAUAAAAAUCUUCGGAGGAAUUUCAUUCGUAGUAAACUAUUGAGGCGUGUGUAGAAAGAGAUAUGAGAUAGAGUUCCCGCGUACCACACCUCGGAAUACAAGCAGCAAACCAGAAGCAGGUUGCCCCGCUUUGCCAGUUUGCCGCCACUGGAACAUUCCUCAAUCUAUGAUUGGUACGCCGGCCUUUCGGUAGCAGACGGCAAUUGGCAGAAGAUAUCGAGUUCCAUAUGUGUGGCAUCUGCCUUAUUCCGUGGGAGCUGCAGACGAGGGAAAGUAAUAACAGUUCCUUUUCGUCCGCAAACUAAGCCCGAGCAUGACUGUCGUCUGCUAGUUCGCUUCGGAUACUUUGAGGAUUGUUGUUCGUUUCUUUUUUAAAAACGAGAUUUUCCCCAUUACUGGAGCUGGUAAUUAAUGGAUGCAGCGCCGUAUGAUAACGUGGAAUUUCCAGUGAGAAAGCCUGGAACUGGAACGUGGCCUGGGCCAGGGGCUGCCCAGUCCCAGACCACUAUCAAGACAUACACGCAGCAGGCGAGCGUGACCAAGGAUAAGUCGGGCGCCAAGCUGGCCCCGCUCAUGGAAAGUAUGGAAGUUGCAGAAACUGAGGACCAAAGAAUGCAAGCUAAAGUUUAUCAAGCGUCUUCGCAUGGCACCCACAGUUCACAAAGCAGUACGUCUUCGGUCGUGUCAAAUCAGAAACCACCGGUGGUCCCGCAACAUGCGGGUUCGACUCCAAGUUACAACCAGAACAAGGUGCAGACCUCGAACACAGCGUUACUGUCGACGACGUCAGCCACACAGCCCCUCAUCAAGAAGAGAGACCCCGAACCCGACACGGACGAGGACGACUUCUGUGGGAAGAACCUGUCGCCGGAGUCACAGUCGCUGCUAAACACAGCCUACACACAACACAAACACUUCUACAGACUCAACUCGAAGAUCAUAGACGAGGGCAGCGCCCUGAAGCAGGAUGUCCUCGACGUGUACCGCAAGUCUGGCGAAACACUCACUUAUGAGCAGUUGAUACAGGGUAUGCUUGUUGAAGGGGAGAAAUUGCUGUUGGGAGGAUGUUGGCUAUAUUUCACAAACGUGGAAUACUUUGACGCAGAUGGUAAAUGCACCACCAGAGAACCAAUUGGCAGAGGUCGAAUUUGUCUGACGAGUCAAAGAUUGUUAGUUUUGUCUGCAGAAAUAUUUACAGAGUCAACAGUGUCAGAAUUUGGUGACCCAACCAAACGUUCAGGUGGUUACACCCUGAACGUGACCAAGAAGAACAACCUGUUUUACCAGAACCUUCCUUUGACCAACUUCCACAGCGCCGAACUGAGCGCAGCUGUGGGAACUUCUGCUCAGACGAAAGUCAGCGUUAGGAAUCCGCUGUGCUGGGGACUGUGUUCAUGCCUUGGGGUUGGAAGGUGCAGCAGGACAUGGGGAGCCACUCCUCCUAGAAUGACGACCUUCAACCGGAGGACUAUCCGCUUGGGCGUGUCUAUGCCGCCGUGGGCCACCAAGACCAUCAUGGUUGUGCACCUCGACCCCGAGAUGUCCCUUACAACAGCCAGAGACUUGGUCUCGCAGCUUCAAUAUCACGCACCACACUUACACUGAUGUGCUGGAGAGGUCAAGACAGAACUGACAUUAAAGAGAAAUUCACCAAACCCGGGCCUGUGCUUAUAAAACUUUAGAGUGUCCAGACUCAAGACCAUAACAAUCCCCCAGAAUUUAAUUACACACACAAUUUAUAUGGCAUUAAAGUUUCCAGACUUUAUUAGAUCUUUGGGUCUUGCCUUUAUUAGCACAGGGUCAUCUUGAAAUGGACGGAGCUUGCAAGGACCUGCAAGUAUUAGCGCUAAUUCCCAGACAGUUACUACAAAUGGAACAAGUGUGCCUUACAUAUUCAUCAUAUAUAGGAGUGUUACGCUGAAUAACAUCUUCAUUUUCAGUUACGGAUCAUGCCAUGUGUUUAAAGGUUAUUCGCUGAUCAUAAAGAACUGGAUCAUGUGCAGUAUUAUUCAUUCUCAGGCUAAACAAUGUAUUUUUUUUAGCAUCACCACCUUGUGUACACUUGUGUCAAGUUUACCAGGCUUACAUUAUAUUUUAAAAGUUAUGUUGUAGUUUAUGGGUUUCAUUCUGGCUUGCUUGCAUUACUGAACUUGCAGACACCAAUAGCCUGCUAAGAACAUGAAAUGGCCGAUUCACACUACCGGUAAAUCAAAUUCAAAGUGUGUACAGCAUAGCAGAGGAGUUACCCAUGUGACACCAACAAGACAGCAGAUAUCGGAUCCCCUUUCUGAAGUGGAUUACAUCAUUACAUAAACUUAUUAUUGAUGGUGGUCAUCAUUUCACUGUGGAUUCUUCAAAGAUAUUUUAAAAUUACCCAUUUAUUACCAAACUGCCUAUUUGGACACAACAAAUGAAUACUAGUAAUGAAGAGUUGAAUUUGGCCAUUUUGACAGCCAGUUUGUACUACGCUGCAUGGAUAUUGUUCCCAAAUGCUUUAUCAUUGUGGCAAUUGCUCGAUUCAUAUUAGUGUAAUGGUGCUAUAAACCUAUACUACAUGAAAUCAGUGACAUGUAAUUCUAUUUUUCUUUCACUUCUUCCAAAUUUAAAUCUCUUUUGCAUAUAUAUUAAUUUGUAUAGAUUUGUUUUUCUAGACACAAUGUAUAUUAUUUCACUACACGUAUCUUUCACAAACUAAAUGUGCUUUGGUUUAAUAUUUAUAGGUAUAUAAUUACCGUAUAUCCUCUUUUUAAAUGUUUCUAACAUGAUCGUCACAGUUGUGAUUAUUGUGAGUUUUUCCCCCUUCUUUCCAAUUUCAGUUGUUAAAACAAUAUUUCAGCUUUUACAUAUAUUAUUAUAUAUAUUAUUUUAUAAAUAGGGUACGAAUUCUGUGAACAGUACAUAGUAAAUAUUUAUAUUCUCAUUUCCAUUCACUUGUAACUCCUUACAAUUAUUCUACAAAUACAUUUUUGACCAGACAUUAACUAUCACUCCAGUUGCAGAUUCAGUGAUUCUUAAAGAAGAGUACAGCGAGGUAAAUUAAUACUUAGUGGUGGCAGAAAAUCACUAUAUUCCGUCUCAUCGUCCUAUAAAAAUGUUUUUGUUUUUUUGUUUGUUUUGUUUUUUGUAAACAAUUUCAGUUUAAUAAAAAGAAAAGUGCUUUGGAAAUAACUAAAAUAUACUAUUUUUGUGUAUAAUUUAGAAAACAAUAGGCUCUGAAAUAACUUGUAGUAAAUUCCUUAGUAUGAAAAAAGGCAUUCCCUGUGGGACGGACUAUAGUUGUACUGCGCCAAAGGUUCAGGUUAUUGAACAUUUUGGAUAUCCUAAGCCACUAAUAAUUUAUACCUUUAGUACUAUGUACACACAAUUAGUUGUUUUACACUUGCUAUGUGCAAAACAUAAAUGAUGUAAAAACCAUCUUGUAUACUUCAAAUAAAAUCAUUAAGAGUUA